AGCCUCCUCAGACGGAAAUCAGUUCGGGUCACACAAACACUCCAUUGAAACCUGAAGUGGUGACCUUCAGAUAAGAUUACAGAUUAACAACAUGAUGACAUCGAGGCAAAGGUGCAUACUUAUCUGAUGUAUGCUACCUGCAGGAUAGAAGCAACAGCAAGUCUUUUAACCAAGAAUUUUCCUCGAAAUGACAACAACCGAUGUUGUCGGACUCGCUGUUUUGGCGCUGCUUUCAGGAGCAGGAGCAGCAAUGCUACAAAAAAGAGAGUACAAUUACUACAAGUAUCAUCCCAUGUCAGAGAUCUCCGAGUGGAUGGUCCAGAUGGAAAAGGAUCACCCUGACAUUGUAACGAGAAUAGAGUACGGACGGACCUACGAGUUCAGGACUAUUACCUUGCUCAAGAUUGGUGUGAAUACCGGAGAGAAGAAGAAAGCUAUCUGGAUGGACUGUGGCAUCCACGCCAGGGAAUGGAUCGCUCCGGCCUUCUGUCAGUACUUUGUCAGACAGAUCCUGCAAACAUACAAGACUGACCCAAAAAUAGACCAGAUGAUGAAGAACAUGGACUUUUACAUAACCCCGGUGCUCAACAUGGACGGAUACAUCUAUUCAUGGAGGGACAUCACAACCCGUCUGUGGAGGAAGAACAGGUCUCCGGGGCCUGCAGGCUGCAACUGUUCUGGGACUGACCUCAACCGGAACUUCAACACCAACUGGGGCACCGUGGGGGUGUCGUUUGACUGCUGCGAGUCGAACUUCUGCGGCAGAGCUCCUGAGUCUGAACCUGAGACUCAGGCCGUCACCUACUUUGUAGGAAGCAGGAAGGAGGACUUCCUGUGUUUCCUCACCAUCCACUCCUACGGCCAGAUGCUCCUGGUUCCCUUUGGGCAUCCUAACUUCACUGACCCCAACUACAAGGAGCUGAUGGAUGUUGGUUUGGGUGCAGCAGAGGCCAUCAAGAAGAUUCACGGGAAGAUCUACCAAGUAGGGACUGCACCUGAUAUAUUAUAUGACUUUUCUGGGUCCUCUCAAGACUGGGCUCGACAACAAGAUAUCCCCUACUCCUACACCUUUGAGCUGAGAGACGAGGGAGAUUAUGGCUUUGAGCUUCCUGAGGAUCAGAUCCAGCCCACCUGUGAGGAAGCCUACAGCGGCGCCCUGCACAUCAUCACCUACGCCCACGACAAAGUCUUUAACCUGGCCGUGCCAUCCAGUGGAGCGACACUCUGGACCGUGCUAGUCGUGGUAAGCGUCACCAGUAUCAUGUGACACUGAAUGCACGCAGCUGUUUGAAUUGAAAAAAAAACCCCAUUGAAUAAAUAUGUAUGCAAAUACAAAUAAUUUACAUGAAGAGUUUUGUGACUGACUUGUACACAAUGCAUACAUCUGCCUAAAUGCCAUUAAAGAUGUUU